AUGGGAUCGAGCGAUCCCGGCGCGGGAACCUCCGCAGGCAGCGGCUGCUGCUGCUGCAGCAUAUUCAGCUCCAUCUCUAUGUCUGCAGCAGCAGCAGCAGCAGCAGCAGCAGCAGCAACAGCAACAGCAGCAGGCAAUGCAAAAAAACCCAGCCUCAUAAAAGACAAAAGUGUGUGCCUCACAGGCCCGCCUGUCGGAGUUCAUCUCCAGGACGUCAUCAACAAUAGCGCACCAACCAGCGCCGCUAGCGCAGCUAUUCGGGUCGUUCUGCAGCAGCAGCAGCAGCAACAGCAGCAGCAGCAGCAAGAGCAGGAGCAGCAAGAGCAGGAGCAGCAGCAGCAGCAGUAG